AUGCCUCAGAAGGCUAUUAAAGGUCAGGCUAUGGUAGAUUUCUUAGCCGACCAUCCAGUAUCUGAAUCAUCCAAAUUAUAUGAAGAUUUAGCAGAUGAAGUAGCCGAAGCUUGUGCAACUCAAGAAGUUAUACGAGGCGGUCAUAUAAUCCUAAGAGGAUACUCUCUAAUCGAGCCAUGUACCAACAAUGUAGCAGAGUACAACGCUUUGCUACUAAGAAUACAAUUGGCUGAAGAGCUUAACAUUCGACACCUCGAGACUUAUGGUGAUUCUCAGCUUAUUGUGAAUCAAGUCCAAGGAGAAUAUAAAGCACGUAAUGACGACUUAGUCCCAUAUCACUUCACCGUGCUAGAGUUAGCUCAGAAGUUUGAAGGCUUUUUCAUUGAAUACAUCCCAGAAGCCCAGAAUACAUAUACGGAUGCUUUAGCCUCAUUGGCAACUUAUCUAGCAUUGCCACCAAAAGAAGAGACGAUGAUAUUCGUCAUUGGUCGUGACUUGUACCACCCAAAGAUUCCCUUAGAACACUGCUCAAAUGAGACUAUAGUGGAGAUCGCCUGUGCAAUUUUAAUUGAGCUAGAAUCCAGAGAUUGGCGAUUUUUGUAUAUUGACUACGUCUUGUACAUGAUACUACCUGAUGAUGCUAAAGAAGCGGCCGCCAUCAAACGAAAGGCUCUUCGAUUCUAUUACGACACGGUCUCUCAAACCUUGUACCAUAAAUUACAUGAUGGAGUCUUACUUUGUUACCUCUCUAGAAGAGAAGCACAGGAGGAUCUCAGGGAAGCUCAUGAUAGGAUGUGUGGAGCUCAUCAACCUGGAGUUAAGUUAGGAGACUGUCUCCGACGAAUUGGCUACUAUUGUCCAAAGAAGUUUUCAGAUGCUGUUGACUAUGCUAAACAUUGUCACGCAUGCCAAAUUCAUAGUGAUUUCAUUCAUCAGGCACUAGGGAACCUGCACCUAACAUCAGCAUCUUGGCUAUUUGAGAUGAGGGGAAUGGAUAUUGUUGGACCCAUCACUCUGCUAAUGGCCAAAGGAUAUCGGUUCAUCUUGGUAGUGACCGAUUACUUUUCCAAGUGGACGGAGCCAAUUCCGUUAAAAGAAGUCAAAGCUUCAAACGUGAUCAAGUUCAUCAAACAUCACGUCAUCUACCGUUUUGGUGUACCGAGACGAAUAGUCCAUGAUGAUGGAACUCAGUUCGUUAGUCAUGGUUUUCAGAGAUUCUACGACAAGUUUAGGAUCCAAAGUAUCGCAUCGAUGACAUAA